CAUUUUUCAGAUGGAGGGGCUGGUACGGGAGAUGCAGGAUCCUGAAACAGGUGUUCCAGUUCGAAGUCAGAAAAUUUUCCUCACUUCCAUUCCUUCUGCCUUCAUGGGUUUUGAUCUUAUAGAAUGGCUUAUGGAUCGCCUCAACAUUGAAGAAUCUGUUGAGGCGGUCCACUUAGCCAAUCAGCUCUGUCAAUAUGGCUACUUCUUCCCUGUCAGUGACUCCAAAAACCUCAUUGUAAAAGAUGACAGCUCUCUCUAUCGCUUUCAGACACCUUAUUACUGGCCAUGGCAACAUCGUAUGCCUGAUAAUGUGGAAUAUGCCAUCUACCUCUGUAAAAGAACUUUACGUAACAAGCAACGCCAUGGUUUAGAGGAGUAUGAGUUGGAAGCACUGACCAGCUUGAAGAAGAACCUUGCCAACAAGUGGGACUUCAUAACUAUGCAAGCGGAAGAACAGGUACGGCUCGCCAAAGAACGCAAAAAGGGAGAUAAAAUUGUGAGCGACAGUCAGGACCGAGCCUACUGGCGUGUAUAUCGGCCUCCUCCAGGAUAUCUCAACUGUCUGGAGCCUGCGCCAGUCCCGAGCUGGAACAGGGGCGGCGGCAGCCGAGCGAAGAAGCGCUCAAUACAAGACCUGAACCGCGAGGUUGAUUUUCUGAGAAGCUGCCUGGUACGAACUCGUGUGAAGGUGUCUCAAGCUGUGGAUAAUCUAAUUCAAUACUCUGUGACCUUCAAUGAGUAUGAUCCCUUUUUUCUUGGAGCCCUGCCUUCUAAUCCUUGGGUCACUGAUGAUAGCGCCUUUUGGCAAUUCAACAGCCCACUAGUUGAAUGUCCAACAGAGAAGAGAGUGAGGCGAUGGGGUCUUUCCAUGGAAGAACUUGUUUCUGAUCCCACAGGAUUGCAAGAAUUCACCAACUAUUUACGAAAAGAAUACAGUCAUGAAAACAUCAGAUUUUGGAUAGCUGUCAAUGACUUAAGAAGAAGUGCUCAGUCACAAAUACAUCGGAAAGUUAGUGAAAUAUUUGAUGAAUUCUUAGCCCCAGGAGCUCCAUGUGAGAUCAAUAUUGAUGGAAAAACAAUGGAGCGCGUGCACCAAGAAUUACGUUCACCUUCACGUUUUACUUUUGAUUCAGCAGCUGAACAUGUCUACACUCUGUUGCUCAAGAAAGAUUGUUAUCCUCGCUUUAUACGUUCUGAGCACUAUAAAAAUCUCCGAGCUGCUGGUAUUCAGCCUUCAAUAAAGAAAAGAUUCUUUGUAUUUGGUGGGCAAGCUAGAAAGAAAACAUCUACAUGCAAUGCCCCCAAUCCAGCAUUUCUCCAACAGCAACAACAGUCGGCAGAGAAAGCGGGGGUCAGCGGUGGAGGGGGUGGAGGGGGUGGAGGAGGAGGAGUGGGCCUGGGCCGGCGCAGGGGGAGCGACCGAAGCCUCUCGGGGUCCGUGCAUGAGCUCGCCGUGUCCGGCGUGCGGGAGGUAGCAAGUCGGGUUGCUCACUCGCACUCACAGUCCAAUCUUAGUGAGAUCCCUUACAGAGAUCCUCCUGCUGGGACAUCUUUAGAUGAAGGAGGAAUGGUUCAGGCUGAGAAACGAGCUAAUACUGAAAAUCUUAAAGAUGAUGUUUGUCCUUGGGAAACGCCAGCAGAGCCACCAGCUACUAGCACUCAAGAACAACAGCUCUCAGAAAGUGAUUCAGAAAUUCCUCAAAAUAAUAAAAAGAAAAAGAGUAUAUCAGUUGUGGCAAGUUCUCCUUCUACAAUUCCAGAAGUACCUCAACACUCAGAAAGUGAUGCAGAAACAACUGCCGCUGCCUCUAGAGGAAAGAAAUCCAGCAUAUCAAAUGCCCCUCCCAGUGUGGGUGCAGACACAUGCCCGUGGGAUAGUGGGCCGAGUCAGUCUUUCUCAUCUCGAAAGAAUUCAUCCCAAAUGGAUUCUGGUAGUUCCUCAUCGGAUGUUAGUAUUGCUUUAGAAGUCUCUGAGAAAUUGCGCAAGUCUUGUUCUAUUCAGCAACCAACCCCUAGUAGCAGUAGUGCCACAAAUCCACCAACCGAUGUGGAAAAGAUUAUUAAUACUGCUCCUCCAGAAGAGAAAGUUAUUGCAAGAAUACAAAAUGUUCGUAAGUAUUCCACCACAUCCAUUGGGCGACCACUGGCAGAAUCCCGUAGGUCAUCUGUCACAACGAAAAUUCUAGAAAGUGCCACAAGGCCUUCAGUGUCUUCCCCUGAAGAUUUCACUGUGAUGGUAGGAACAUCUACUGAGUCUUCUGCUGUCAUGGUUCCAAGUGGUAGUGACAGAUACAGUAAAGCUGAUGAACCAUUAUGUUUGAGAACCUAUAAAAAAUCUAGUAGCAGUGUUGGUCGAAAGCGAUCUUCUGUGUCUUCAUCUACAGCACCCGUCAUAAGUGUCAGUUCAGUGGUAGAUGAAACAGUUGACAAUACUUCUUGUCAGACUUUGCCAAAAACAGCAGAAAUUAUUCCUGAAAAAUCAGAGUCUGAAGUAACUACAGCAGGUACAAGCUGCAAACUGCAAUCGGAAGGUAGUAUUGAAGUAUCUACCUCCUGGCAAGAAAUGAGCAGAGAGCCUAAGGGAAGAAAAGCGAAUGAAAUUUGUCCUUGGGAGGAUGAGUAAGUAAAUAAAUUCUACUGUGUUCUGUUUUUUUUUUCUUCUCAGGUUACCUAUCUUCCAGUAUGUACUCUAAUUUUUAAAGUUUUUGCAAAAUAUUAAUUAGUAAUUUAUACAAAGAGAUUUUCAAAAUAUAUGAUUGCAUAAUUAUACUAAUUUUUGAUAAGAGCAAACUGUUGAAAUCUUAAAGUUUGUGUCACCUUGUGAAAAUUUCUUGGAGGUUCUUAUAAACUUGUAACUUUUAUUUUAUUAGUUUUCUUUAAAGUUAAUGUGGUGAGAGAGUUUUUAUUCAAUGAGUCAGAAUAUCCAAAUCGUGUGCCAAAUUACUUAGAAUUACAUUUUGAAUUGUGUUCAUGAAGUUGUGAAUGUAUGUGUUUAUCUGACUCUGUUGUCAACAGAUGGCAUUGUUAUAGUGUAAUUUAAAAGGCUAUUGAUUGUCCAUAGCACAUGAAUGCAAUGGAAAUUCGUUCAGUUUUUAUCACAUGGAUAUUUCUGUGAAACUUGGAAAAUUUAAUUGAUAAAUUUAUUUUGAUUCUUACAUUAAUCAAUUAAAAAUACACUUUAAUUCUUUACUCUUUAAAAAAUGCAUAAAUGGUAAAUAUAGCUUCCUCUUUCCAGCAAGAACAUUGAGUCAUUGGUCAAGAACACAAAAUAUUUUUACCAGGAAAAUAUUCACUACUUACUUAUUAACAAUUCUGUGCGUUCUAAUAACAAUUUAUUUUAAAUUUCCCUUUCAUGUAAAUGUAAUUUGUAAAUCACUCGUUCAGAAGAAUCAAAAGGUUGUUGAAUAUGGGUGGUUCAAAUUAUCAUUUCAGUAUGUCAUUAUUUUAUUUUGUUUUUUGUUUUUGUUUUGUAUACCCAUGUGAAAACAUUUUAUUGAUAGUUCUUAUAAAUUGAACACAAUGUUUUCAUGUUCUAUCAUAAAAUGUUAUUUUGCAUUUGUUUAUGAAACUGAUUACACAAUAUAAAAAAAUCAUGGUGCCAAAUUAGAAUAGAAGAUUAUUUCUGCAAUAAAAAAGUUUUCAGAACUUUCAUGACAACACAUACACGCCUCAUGUGUACUUUCUCUGAAGUUCCCCUUCUCUUUAUCUGUGAGAUUCCAUUACAUUACAUGCUCAUAGAAGUGACCGAGAAGAUUCUAUAUUUUUAAAACAUUGUAAAGCUUCACUCAAAUUUUCUUGCAAAUCCCAACUUACCUCAGGAGUAAGGCCUAAAUUAGUCAUAAAAUGUGUUUUUCUUUUGUAACAGGGAAAGCUGUAAGAUGGAUACUCCCUUUGUGAAGACAUAUGCAACUUUAGGGUAUCUAUAAAAAACUAGUAACUAGGCUGCUCACUAUUUCACUCAUUUAAUUUAAAUUAUAUUAAUUACUUUUAUGCUUAGCAAUGAUUAAAUAGUCAAUCUGAAAAAUUAAUGGAUUUUAACCUUGCAUAAAAUGGGCACUUUGCAGUGCACUGGUGAUACUGAUCUUAUGUCCAAAGAACUAUGAACAAAGGCAUUAUUCUUUUUGAAAAGCAUGUUGUUUGGUUUUCAAUUUUAAAUUAACAUUGAGUUUACAAAGUUACGAUGCAAUCUGAAAUUUGCAUUUCUUACUAUGAAUGAAAUAUUACAGUAUUACCUGGUAAAAUUUUACUAGGUAAAAUACAUUUGGGAUUGAGAUACAUAUUAUUAAGAUAUUCAUGUUGUAAUGCUGGAUAAAUCGCUGCCAUCAAGUUUUUACUUUAUGAAAAUAUCCUGUAGAUUGUAGAAUUUAUUCGCUAUAUGUGAUUUAUUGUAAUCUCUUUGAACAUGUUGAUUGUAAGAAAGGUAUUGGUACUGUUUGUAUUGCAUGUGAGAAAAAUAUACAAAAUGAGAAAAAUAUAUUUAUGUAUAUUAUAAUAAACAUACAAAAUUUAAUGACUGUUAUAUGAGUAACAAUGUGAAGGUUUUAAGCUGCCAGCUAGCAUCGUUUUUAAAAUGAGAUACAUCACCUUUUAAGUAAAACUAUUGUAAACCAUAAUAUUGUGUCUGCUGUAACUUGGUGUGACUGAACUAUGAAUAAUUGUAAGUAAUUGUGAUAGCAAAUUUUGCAGCAGAAGGGCAUUACUGAAAAUUUAGGUUGGUGUAACAGUUGUAGGUUUUUAUUAGAUGGGACUCGACAGGGGUGUUCACUAUCGGGGCUUGAGUGCCGACAAUCCUGAGCCCUUGCCAUAGACUCAGCACUGAUGGUUGUUAAACACAGCCUCUUGCGAGUCUCAUUCUUUCAUAUAUACCACAUUUUCAUGUUCUUUCCUCUUAGCUGCUCUACAACUGUAUGUCAAUGUAAGAGAUAUUCUGUUAAUUACUCUCUUGCUGCAAAAAUCUGUCUUGUUUGUCCUUAUAUAGCAAUGGCAGAGUUUUCCAUUCUAUUGGCAAAAGAUAAAUUUGCAUAAUUGCAUGAAUUCUAUUUAGAAGAAUUCUCAAGGGUCAGCACAAGCAUAAUUCUUUGAAACAUAGUAAGUUGGAAGCUCAAAUUUCAUUAAGUUUUACAAAUCUGAUAACUUUUGAUGAUUAGUGAUUUGCCAUUAUUGCAGAUUGUCUGAAACACUUUCUCUAUUUUACAUAAUAACAGAAAUUGAUGUAAUUUUUUUUUUUUU